UAAGAAUUGUCUUCACAAAAAAAAAAACUACAAAUACAACAAUGUCAGGACAAAACUACCAUCUUGUUUAUCUGCUAUUAAUUAUUUGUCUUCUUUUUUCUCAAUCAACAGCAAGCGGCUGUGAGUUCAAAGGCUUUUGUAGAACUGAUGACCAGUGCAAACGCAUAUGCAGAGGCCAUGGGAUAGAUACAAGGUUUCUAUUGUGUGUUCCUUAUUCUUCAAAGGGAGGCAAAUGUUGUUGUUUACAUUAUGAAGGGGCUCCAUCAUCAAGCGAAGAAAUAUAGUUUUUUCUUGAAUUUCUAGAAUGUUACAACCAUAUAUUUGUAUCACAUAUGAUACGAUUUCAAAUAAUAAAAACUAAAGUUUUAAUCAGUUUAAUUUUUCUUGUCCAAGUACGAUAUUUGUUAUAGUUUUAAAAUAUAGUCGAGAGUCAAUCAAAUGUUUAUAUUUGCGAAACACACAAAAUUUCAUUAUUGUGGAAUGAAACGGAUUUAUAAUACAUUAGCAGAGGCGUGUAUCAUAGACAAUGUCUUCUUUAAAUAGUUCAACUUAAAUAGU